AUGUAUAAAAUUUCUUAUUUUCUUAUUUUUUAUUUUUUAAUAUCAAAUAUUCAUGGAGAAUGUUUAGAAUUUAGUUAUAAUUCAGUAAAGAGUAUUAAACAAACUUGUGAAAUAUUGAUUUCAAAUCAUAAAGGUUUUCAAAAAUGUUUAAAAUGUUCAAUAAAUAGACCAAUGAUACCGUUAGAAAAUAUAACAAUAGCUCAAAAUUGUUCACCUGUAGUCGAACUUCAAUGUGUAGAAUUUGAUUUUAAUGAUACUCAAACAUUUCUUAAUUUUUCUCAGCAAUAUUGGAAUGUAAUCAAUAAAUUAUUCGAUAAAAAUAUAUCAAUAAAGAAAACAUUGUCAAAUGGAUUGUUUAUAAAUAUUGCAUAUGAUUCACUUGAUGUAUUAACUUUACAAACAAUUCAAUCAUUUGAAACUAUAUCAAAUCGAAAUUUUAAUGGUUUAAGAUUAGUAAUGAGAAAUCGUGGUAAUCGAACAAAACUUUAUAUUGAUUCUAAUAUUCAAAAUACAACAUUUCGUGUUUUACAAAUCUACAUUCAUUGUGGUGAUACACAAGGCUGGAAUAUUUAUAAUUACGUUCAUCAUAGUAAAAAUAAACAACAACCUAACUACAUUGAAUGCCAAAUUCCUACUACAACAUUGAUUACAACUACUCAAUUGACAACAGCUAUACGACAUACUACAUCUACCACAUUCACUUUAUCUACUACUACUACUACUACAGAAAAUUCCAGAAUACGUAUUUCGUCUACCACUGAUAAAACAACCACCACAUACAUAUUAUCUAGUAGUACUAAAAAUCUCAUACGUACUUCGACUACUACUAAUAAACCAACUACUACAUACAUUUUACCUAGUACUACUAAACAUUUCAAACGUACUUCGUCUACUACUCAUAAACCAAUCACCACGUACAAAUUAUCUAGUACUACUAAAAAACUUAGAAUACCUACUUCAUUUAUUACUAAUAAACCAACCACCACAUACAAAUUAUCUAGCACUACUAAAGAACCCAUACGUACUUCGACUACCACUCAUAAACCAACCACUACAUACACAUUAACUAGUACUACCGAAAAUCUCAUAAGUACUUCGAUUAUUACUACUACUGAACCAACCACCACAUACAUUUUACCUAGUACUACUGAAAAUCUCAUACAUACUUCAUCUACUACUUAUCAACCAAUCACCACAUACACUUUAUCUAAUACUACUGAAAACACUAGAAUACUUACUUCGUCUACGAUUCUUGAAACAGAAACACAAAUUACAUUAUCUCCAACUAAAACAACAACAACAACAACAACAACAACAACUAUUGUCGAAUGCUGUAAGACUGAACAAUCAUUAACGAUUACUCUCUUAGUUACUAUAACUACUAGAAUUCAUAGUUCUUCAAAAUCGAUAAAAUCUACAAAACAAAAUGAAUCCAAACUAACUCUUAUUUUAAGUUUAGUUAUAAUUGGAUGUUUACUAUUAUGUCUUUUGGUUGCCUUUAUUUUAUAUAUGUUACGCACCAGAUAUAAUCGAAACGAAGAAAGACAAUUAAGUACAUCAUCUCAUGUAAUCGAUUCAAUAACAAAUGCUGAAAGUGGAAUAUCAAGCAAAUGGAUUAGAAGCUCAUUUUAA